AUGUCCAACACCCUCCUCAAGAGCAGCGCCCUGCGCUCCGCCCUGCGCACCACCGCCUCCGCCAGCACCAGGCGCGCGGCCCUGGCCAGCACCACCUUUGUCCGCAACAAGGCCACCCUGCCCGACCUGCCCUACGACUACGGCGCCCUCGAGCCCGCCAUCUCGGGCAAAAUCAUGGAGCUGCAUCACGACAAGCACCACCGCACGUACGUCAACAGCUACAACACGGCGGAAGCCAAGAUGCAAGAGCUGCAAGCGAGCGGCGACAUCGCGGGCCAGAUCGCGCAGCAGCCGCUGAUCAACUUCCACGGCGGCGGCCACACGAACCACACCCUCUUCUGGGAGAAUCUGGCGCCCAAGUCGGCGGGCGGCGGGGAGCCGCCGUCGGGCGCGCUGGGCAAGGCGAUCGAUACUUCGUUUGGGAGUCUGGAUGCGCUGAAGGAGAAGUUCAAUGCGGCGCUUGCGGGCAUUCAGGGCUCCGGGUGGGCGUGGCUGGUGCAGGAUGUGCAGACGGGGCAUAUCGGCAUCAAGACGUAUGCGAAUCAGGAUGCCGUGGUGGGGCAGUUCCGGCCGCUGUUGGGCAUUGAUGCGUGGGAGCAUGCGUAUUACUUGCAGUAUCAGAACCGGAAGGCCGAGUAUUUCUCUGCCGUGUGGGAUGUGGUCAACUGGAAGGCGGCGGAGAAGAGGUUCAAGUGA